GGCUGGAUGCUUCAUCUGAGCACUUUGUUCCACUCUUGCCAGGCAUCCUUGCUGUAUUCCCGUGGUGGGGAUGUGAAGAAGGGGUCAUUGGGACUGCGUUUGAUCCCCCCUAUCCACAAGGCAGUCCAUCCCCGUGUUGGCAGUGCUGCAGGCUCUCUGCACAGCUCUCUGCAGCUGGAUGUCCAAGAGUCCCAGGAGAUGAGGCCAAGAUCCAGCAGCAGAAGCAGAGAGAGCUCUGAACAUGCAGCACAAAGCCAGAGGACGAAGGGAAAGAGCCCCUGGUGUGUGAUAGGACCUGGGAUGCCUCUGUUCCCACGGAAACUGGCUGAAUUGUUCAGCAUGGAGACCUAUGUGCGGAACCCCGGCGCUGGGAAUGGAGGUCUGGGCUCCCGGCCGGCUCAGGGGGCCUCGGCCCAGGAGCCCCGGCAGGGGCAGCUGAGCAGCGCUGCCCCCAGGGUCACUGCCAGGGAGGAGGACAAGGGGAAGGGCCAGCAGGGCUCAGCCUCACACAGAGUACCAGGCCUCCCACUGAGCCAGGCCCAGGAGACGGAUGGUCCCAGCAGUCCUGGUCUUACGAGUGACAAAGACCUGAGGGACGGCUUUGGAAAGAUCCGUGCUGCAUUGUGCAAGUUGGCCGAAAAGAACUUAGAGCCAAAGGAUGUGGAGAUUUUUGAGAAGGAAAUGAAGAAAAGGAGAGAAGAGAAAACAUCCUUGCAGCUGCCUCCACAGACAGUUGAGCCCGGGGAUGCAGCUGAAGCAAGCUUUAGCCUACCACCUGUCAAUGGCACAGCUUCCAGUGUGCAGAGAAAACACCCUGGUAAUGCCUUGAAGAAGAAGAAGGUCUUGAGGAAGCAGGAGAAAGUGCCCUUACAGCCCAGUGUGCUUAUGAUCCAUGAGGAAGGCACUGUCCCAUGCAACUCCUCAGUGACCUCGCAGACGGCCCCUGGUGCCCAGCGCCGAGAGGAGCUGCAAUGUGGGCACGGGCACAAGGACACAGCCUCUCCUGACCCACAGCAGUCCUUGCUCCAGGCACUCUCCCUGCUCCGCAGCGAUGACUGGGAGAUGAAGGAGAAGGGACUUGUCAGCCUCAAACACCUGGCUGGGUCCCAUUCAGAAGUCCUGCUUUCAACACUUCGUGACAUUUGCUUGGCAGUUACCAGUGAGGUGACCAACCUCCGGUCAAAGGUGUCCUGCGCGGCUAUUGACACUCUGGGAGAGUUUUUUGCCACCUUGAAGCAGGACAUGGACUCUGAGGUGGAUGAGGUGGUUCGGGUCCUUCUCCGCAUGCUGCGUAAUUGCCCAGAGUUUGUUGAGAAAGCAGCCAGUCAGACCCUGGGCAUCAUGGUGGAGAAUGUGACUCCUGCACGAGCAAUAGCUGCUCUCCUGGACAGUGGAGUCAAGGCCCGCCACGUCCAGGUGCGGAAGUGUGCGGCCGAGCUGCUGCUGUCCUUGCUGGAGAGAAUUGGAGUCACGGAGCUCGCAGGCACAGCCGGGGCUGGGAGCCUGGUGCACGCGGCAGGGACGCUGGCUCAGGACCGUCACCAGGACACAAGGCAUUAUGGACAGGACAUGGUGAAGAUGUUGCUCAAUCACCCAGAAGGUAAAAUGCUUUUGGAGCGAUCCGUUCCCGCCCGUCACCUGGAAGAUAUUCUGAAAAGAAUGAAGAAGAGACGGGUGGAAGAGCAGAAGGGUGAACGCCCAUCUGUCAAGAGCUCUGUGAAGAAGAGGAGCGAUGGCUCGAAGCAGCCCCAGGCCACAUUGCCUUCUAGUCAAAGUCGACCUGAUGGACGCCUCCUCCAGCGUCCAAAAGCCCAGGUGACGUUACCUCCAGCCAGGGAUGAAACGGAGACGCUCCAGAAGCUUUACGAUCUCCUGGAAGCCAAGGGGUUUGAGACACGGAUGGAAGGAGUGGCACUCCUCCUAGACGUGUGCAAAACCAGCCCCAAGCUCGUCGCCACUAACAUUGUCCAAAUUUUUCAUCAUUUUGACCUGAGAAUAUCUGACACUCACAAGAGAGUGAAGCAGAUGGCGCUGGACGUGCUGGCAGAAAUCAUAGCCAUCCUGGAAGAUGCCUUGUACCCAGUGAUGGUCCUUUUGGUGGAAGGAAUACUAAAGAACCUGAACUCAAAGGACCCUGGGGUUCAUGCUGCAGCUGUGAACGCCCUGGAAGAAUCCAUUGCUCAUUUAGAUAAAGUAUCACUGAUGAAAGAGUUCAGCCACCAAUGGAGUCAACUGAGUGGGCAAGCUCUGCUGGAUGUCACAGAGCGUAUCACAGAGCUGGUGGAAGAGGUUCAUGCCAGGAGCCCUGAAGUCGUCCAGCGCUGCGCCCUGCCCGUGCUCUGGUCCUUGCUGGAGAACAAGGCGCUGCCUGUGCGAGCGCCAAUUCACGGCAUGCUCAGGGGGGCCUGA